CAAAGAGUCAAAUAUACCUCUGUACUAUUGAUUAUAAUACUUAGAAGUCCUUCGUUAUACUAUUGGUACUUUUGGGUCCCUACUAAUGUGUCAUUCCCUGUGCAAAUAUUCAGACCCAACUAAUAAUACCCAUCCCUGUUAAGACCCAACCCACCCAAUAAAAUAACCCACAAAAUUACACCAGCCUCAUUUAAAUGAAAACCCUCGUCGCUUUCAUAAUCGUAUUUCCUCCCUAACACUGAAGAACUUAUUUCCUCCAUAUUUGGGUGUUUCCCCUGUAUUUAAACUUGAAUUCGCUUGUAUUAGUUUGAUUUUGUUUCUUUUUUCCUUAUCAAUUUAGAUUGUCUUAUAAGUGGAUAAAUGGGUACUCAAUGUCUGAAUCUAGUUGUUCUUCGAAAAGGAGGUGCUUUUGUGGUGAUAUUGCCAACCACUUCACUUCAACCAUUGUUUACAAUCCCGGUAAGAGAUUCUAUAAGUGCGCGAAACCUGAAAAUGAAUCAUGUGGUUUUUGGGAAUGGAAAGACAAAGUCUUACCGGACAUAGCGUUGGUUGUAAUUAACAAUUUCAAGUCGAAGUUUGAUGUUGCUCAUGUUCAACUAAAUACCUUGAAUAUGGCAUUGGAUGCACGCAAUAUUGAAAGGGACACACUGAUGGAAAAAGUGAAUGCAUUAGUGGCUAUAAAUAUUGUUGAAGCGAACAAAGCAAGAGAGCUGGAAGAAAAAGUGUUGAAGUUGAAGAUGUUCAUUAUAAUUUCAUAUACGCUAUUUGUUGGAUUUGUUGCGGCUUUCUUAAUGAAGUGAACCUCUAAAUAAGUCAAGCGCAUUAUGUUUUUCAUCGGAUGGAUGUUUGUAGAAUUAAUUUAGAUGAAGUACUUAUUUUUGUGUUGAUGGACAUUAUGUAGUAUUUUUGAAUGAAGUUUUUGAUUUCAUGUCUUUA